AUGAAGAAAACGGUAGAUUUUUUCCGUAAAACUAUUAAAAGAAACGAAGACAAAAUAUAUGAAGUAUGUUUGCCGUGGAAAAGUGGACGUCCAGAAUUAGAAACGAAUACGGAAUUAGCCACUAAACGGUUAAUGUCAACUACCAAAUAUCUCAUACGAUCUGAACAUUUAAGAGAAUACGAUGAUGUGUUUAAUGAGUGGGUUCGGGAUGGAAUUAUUGAAAUUGUAGAUAAAGACGAGAAAAAGGGACAUCCUGUGAUAAAAACUGGUGUAACAACAACAAAAAUUCGUCCGGUUUUUGAUGCGUCGACGAAAGAUUCCAAAGGAAAUUCCUUGAAUAAUUGUUUAGAAAAGGGGCCAAAUUUAUUAGAAUUGGUACCCAAAUUGAUAAUGCAGUUUCGGAAAAAAAAAGCAAUUGGCGUAACGUCAGACAUCAAAAAAGCAUUUUUACAAAUCAGUUUGAAUCCAGAGGAUAGGAAGUAUUUUAAAUUUCUGUGGUGGAAGGAUUUAUCAAGACGAGAAGAAAUAAUCACUUUCCGACAUUGUAGAGUGGUAUUUGGUGCUUCUCCUAGUCUAUUUUUACUAGAAGCAACUAUAGCUUACCAUCUAGAGAACGCUCCGGAUGAAAGGAAGCACACAGCUUGUCAACUCAAAGAAUUUUUUUAUGUGGACAACUGUAUUACGAGUUUAGAAACUAAAGAAGAGGCAGAAAAAUUUAUUUCUGAAGCUAAGGAGCUGAUGUCUUCAGCACAAUUCGAACUACGAAUUCUGAAAAAAUUGUAG